CAGAAAAGAGACUACGGGCGAACAACCUUUUUGUCACAGUAACAUAACAUCAAGAAGUCCAUUCGGAUGGUAACGCCGAUGACCGCCUGUGGACUUUGAAUUCUACCUAAGUUGUUAGGAUAUUGGGACACUCAUCUGGUCAUGAGUCGGGUUUCUUUACCGGCUGCUGCUCUUUUGCUGUUUGCUUUAACGGUUCUAGUGUCUGUGGCUGUGGUGGGGGCACGUGGCUCGGCCGGGCUAAAGAGACACAAAAGGGAAUGGAUCAUCCCUCCACAGAAACUAACUGAAAACCAAGACUACACUAAGAAAGACUACAUUGCCAGGAUCCGAUCUGAUACAGAUGAUGGGAAUGGUAAUGUACAGUACUUUCUAAAAGGGGUAGGAGCAUCUCAAUACCCCUUUAACCUGUUCGUAGUAAACCCAGACAAUGGCUAUGUGCGGGUCACUGGACUCCUGGACCGGGAGGCUAUCGCCCAGUACAAUUUGUCAGGCAUUGCUAUGUACAAGGAUGGUAGAGAAGCAGAAAAGGACAUUGACUUGCGGAUCCAGGUCGUUGAUGAGAAUGACAACCCUCCUGUUUUUGAUCAUAUGGAGCCAGCAAACGUGUAUGAACUCAGCCCACCAGACACUGUAGUCACGAAGGUGGUUGCAACAGAUGCCGAUGAGCCAGGAAAUCGCAACUCUAUGAUUGCCUACAGCCUGGUUGAUCAGAAGCCUCCAGGAGACAUGUUCUACAUUCAAAAAGACGGAACCCUCAGAGUCAAACAGUCCACACUCGACAGAGAGAUAUAUGACUCGUACGUCCUAACAGUGAAAGGUACAGAUCUGGACGGUAGUCCAAUGGGCAACACUGGCAUCGGUACAAUUAAAGUCAACCUCCUGGAUGUGAACGACAACCCUCCUACUCUGGAGAAAGAUGUGUACGAGGGCAGUAUUGAGGAGAACACUGAAAACGUGGAGGUGAUGAGGUUCAAGGCUGAGGACAAGGACUUAGUGAACACCCCUAACUGGGUGGCUCAGUAUGCCAUCGUCAAGGGCAACGAAGCUGGCUACUUCACCAUUGAGACAGACCCAAAUACCAAUGAAGGAGUUCUGAUGCUCAGGAAGGCUGUAGACUAUGAGGACGUCAAAGAUCUUGAGCUGGGAGUAGUCGUUACUAACCAAGCACCACCCUAUGAUGGCUUUGGGAGUGGAGGUGGAUCAGGAGGAGGAGGAGGAGGAGGAGGAGGAGGAGGGGGCGGGGGAAGCAGUGGGGGAAGCAGUGGGGGAAGCAGUGGGGGAAGCAGUGGGGGAAGCAGUGGGGGGUCAUGGUCUAUUAGUUAUCCAGGUAAACCCUUGAAAACCUAUCCAGUGAAGAUUGCUGUGAAGAACCAGCCUGAGGGGCCACGCUUCGAACCCAAGGUCAAGGCCAUCCCCAUAUCAGAGGGAGCAGACUUCAAGAUCAACAAGGUCAUCGCAUCAUACCCCGCCAUCGACGGAGACACCCGGCUGCCCGCAGAAAAUGUCAGGUAUGCCCGGGGAUUUGACCCAGGCAACUGGCUAAUUAUCGAUGAAGUCACAGGGGAUAUUAAACUCAGCAAGAAGCCUGAUAGAGAGUCCCCGUUUCUGGUCAACGGAACAUACUAUGCUAAGGUUCUGUGCAUAACCCAAGACAUGCCCUCUAAGACGGCCACAGGAACCGUAGCCAUCCAGGUGGAGGACUUUAACGACCACUGCCCUAAACUGACCAGUGAUCUUCAGACCACGUGUACAACAGCCAACGCGGUUACUGUGACCGCAGUGGAUGAGGAUGCGUUUCCCAACGGAGCACCCUUCAGAUUUCUCAUCAUCCCGGAGGGAACAAAGGGAGUGUGGGCGGUGGAGCACCUGAAUGACACCUCGGCCAUCCUGAGAUCCCACAACGAUUUAUGGCCUGGAUUGUAUGAGAUUGCUGUGGAGGUCCGCGACCAGCAGGGUCUGGCAUGUCCUGAUCUGCAGAAGGUCAAAGUGGAGGUGUGCACGUGCGUGGACAACCAGAAGACGUGCAUGGGACGAGCAGCGGGAUCCAUGGGGUCAACGCUUGGGCCCGCAGCGAUCGGACUGCUCGUGCUUGGUCUGCUGAUGCUGUUGUUGGUCCCUCUGCUGCUGUUGUUCUGUAAUUGUGGGGGUGCUGGGGGGCUUCCUGGGGGCUUCGCAGAGAUGCCCUUUGACACCAAGGCUCACCUCAUCUCCUACCACACGGAGGGGCAGGGGGAGAACACGGAAGUGCCUCUGAUUAACCCGCCGGGCCAGGUCAGCUCGGCGGUGAUGGGACAGGCUAGCAUGGUAGGGGCAGGUUUUGGGAUCGCCGAUGGUCAGUUGGUCAACUCCUCCUCCGAGUUUGGCCGUGGAUUCGACACACUCGACAGCUGCAUUGACGUGGGAUAUGGAGGAGGUAUGAUGGGGCAGCAGAGCAAGGAGCACUGGUCAACCUAUGACAGCAGAGAGGGGGGAGGAGACUAUGAAGGCAUGGCCCUGCCUGAUAGGAUACUGGAGGAUUACUACUCUCAGAAGUCUCGAGCCGACCACCACGUCCAGAAGGACAGUCUGUUGGUGUACAACUACGAGGGCCAGGGUUCUCCUGCGGGCUCGUUGGGCUGCGGCAGCCUCCUGGGCGACGACGGCGACCUGCAGUUCCUCAACGACCUGGGGCCGAAGUUCAAGACCCUGGCUGAAGUGUGUCGUGGGGAGAGGUUCCAAACAGAAGUAGCCGCUCCGCCUCCGCGACCCGCCGUGUCCACGCCGAAAACAGACAGCAGAGUGAUGACAAGUGUGGUGUCCAAUGUGGUUUCAGCCGCCCCGCCUCAAGCCCCUGCCCCAUUCCCUGUCCCUGCCCAUGUCCCCGCCCCUGUCCCUGCCCCCGCCCCUGCCAAGGCACCGGCCAAGGUACCGCCCAAGGUGACACACGUGGAGAAGACUGUGGUGAAGGGGUCAGCCCAUUCCGAUCAUUCGGCUACUGUGAGGCAGGACAGGGUGGUAGAAGGCCAGGGUCAGACCAUCCUCCUGCAGCAGCAGCCGAUGUUCUACAGCACCAUGCAGCCCAUGAUGCAGCCCAUGAUGCAGCCCAUGAUGCAGCCCAUUCAGUAUAUAGUUGAGCAGCAACAGAUUCCCAGCAUGCAAGGCAUGGUAAUGGUCACAGGGCCUCCGUCAGGCGCCGCCCAGGGCCUGGUGCUUCAGGGGCAGCAGGUGAUGACCGGCACCCUCGGCAGGAGGGACGGAGGCAUGGUGCUGGUGGAGAGGAGUGGUGCUGGAGGAAUGGACGGAGGCAUGAUCCAGAUGGGAAACACGCCUGGUUCUCAGAUGAUGCUGGUGGAGGGCCAGGUGCUUCAAGGGGGCCAGGUGCUUCAAGGGGGCCAGGUGCUUCAAGGGGGCCAGGUGCUUCAAGGGGGCCAGGUACUUCAUGGGGGACAGGUGCUUCAUGGCGGACAGGUGCUUCAAGGGGGCCAGAUGAUUCAAGGGGGCCAGGCGCUUCAUGGGGGCCAGGUGAUUCAAGGGGGCCAAAUUGUUCAGGGGGGGCAGACGUGGCUGCAGCAGGGGGGCACGCUACAGCGAACAGGCAUAUCGGGGUCUCAGACCCUGCUGGUGCUAGAGGGGCAAGGCCAGGGGGGGGGUGGGGGUAGCGGAGUCCAGAUUAUUCAGGGUGGGAUGUCAGGGUUCUCAUCUGGAUCACUGCAGAGAAAUGGCCUCUCCGACUCUCACCGAGUCCUCUACACCGCAGAGCAGAGCCCAGCCACAGGCUCUAGUGUAGGCUUUCAGAACGGCGUUGUGGGAUCGAAAGGUUCCUCCAGCCAGCUCAGUGCAGGCACAGGUUCUUCCUCCAGCAAGGUGUUAACAGAGAAGAGAGUUGUGACCAGCCAGAUCACCAGUCAGUAAAGUAUUGACCAAAAGGAAAUUGAUAAUACCUGUAUAUACACAAGACACAUCAAAUGGAAUGAUGGUUUUGCUUUCAAUUGGUGGAAGUGUACCCCACCUCACAGUUUCGAGUUCAGUUGACCAGUGCACAUUGUUGAAAUGGUCGCUGGAUUCUUGAAGAGUAGAAUGCAGGUUCAGAUUAUUAUUUCGUACAGAAUGAACACUAAAAUGUAUAUUAAAAAACACCUAAGUCCUACCAAUCCCACAGCACCCAUUGAGUGGCAUUCAGCAAUUUCAGUUAGAUGUGGGAAGACAGACAUCUGUUUGAACUAAUGUUCUCAUCCAUCUUGUGACUGUCCUUAUAAACAUGGUACCUUUAAUUGUGUAAACCUCUGUGGGGACAAUGGAUAUUCUCUUUAUUAGUAGUUUUAUCAAUAGUUUGUAUUUCUGGUGAUUAACCAGCAUUAAGGACCAACCUUUAAGGACUUUGGUGAAGGGCACUGUAUUUGUUAUUGAGCUCUUUGGAACGGGCAAAAACUAUUCAAAACGCGUUUUAUUUUCUAUUGGCUGUUAGUGAGUCUGCCUCCAACCGACUUGGGACUGCUGUUACUGCAUGUGAAAGGCUCCACCUACAUCUCUGAAAUGAACCUGUCAACCCCCUCCCCCACACACACACAUUCUCUUCAGACUGUGGGACACCUUGAGCAAUGUUACCUGGUAAACAUCCAUGACAACCCUGACAUCUUGUCCAGUCAGUUUUAGAUAACUGUCAAUGACUGGCCUUUUGUCUGAAACCUAAUACCUUGGACCUAACAAUCUGGCUUAGCAGGGCUCCUAACCACAAGUAAGACAGAAGUUAUGUAGGCUGUGGUAAAAAGGCAAACAUGGGUUGGUUUGGAUAAUGUAGUUUAAGUGAGAGAGUAUUUAAACCAGAGAAUCACAAGAUUCACCAAAUACUGGAUUCCAAUCAAUAGCCCAGUUUAUACCUUGUAUUAACAUGCAUCCUUCAUCCUGAAAAUGCCCUGAUACUAUAAUCUGAUACCAUAGAAUUCUAUAAUCUGUUCUGGCUUUAUAUUCUUUGCAAACUGUUUGGUUGUUUUGUUUGAUCUAAAUUCAACAUAUUACUUUGUAUUUGGAAAGCACAAACAGCUCAAAACAUGAAGUCAGGACCAACUGGGAUUUUAACUUUCAUGUUGGAUGCUUGUUUCUCUAACAGAAUAGCUAGUCCCACAGGUCAGGUUGAACUUGACUUGAAUAGAUUUGUAGUUGCAUCAGUUAUGCUAUGAAAAUCGGUCUUGGUAUUCAAAUGUUUUUUUAUGUAUUAAGAUGCUCAUGUUUUUCUACAUUGUUGUAUACCUUGUGUUAGCAAAUGCUAUUUUACCGCCUGCUAAACAUUUUGGGUCUGUAUUGUUUUUAACAAGGAAAUAAAAUGCUUUUAAGAUAAUACUCAGAAGACCAUAGGAUUACUGUAUAUGUUUGUUUAUUGUG